AUGAGUAACCUUACAACAGCAGAUGUUAGUGCUUUAACUUUAGAAAUAGGGCCCUUUGAGACUGUUCAUCGAUGGAAGCGUAUGCCAGAAUGUGAUGAAUUUGUUGGUGCUAGACGCAGUAAACACACUGUAGUGGCCUAUAAAGAUGCAAUUUAUGUUUUUGGAGGUGAUAAUGGAAAAAGUAUGUUGAAUGAUCUUCUACGUUUUGAUGUAAAAGAGAAAAGCUGGGGAAGAGCUUUUGCAACUGGUACUCCACCUGCGCCAAGAUAUCAUCACUCUGCAGUGGUGCACAACACAUCAAUGUAUGUUUUUGGAGGAUAUACUGGAGAUAUUCACUCUAAUUCAAACCUUACCAAUAAAAAUGAUUUGUUUGAAUAUAAGUUCCAUUCUGGGCAGUGGGUAGAAUGGAGAUUUAUGGGAAAAACUCCUGUACCAAGAUCAGCUCAUGGCGCUGCUAUUUUUGAUAAUAAAUUGUGGAUAUUUGCUGGUUAUGAUGGAAAUGCUCGAUUGAACGAUAUGUGGACGAUAUCUCUAACUGGCGAUGUGAGAAGCUGGGAGGAAGUUGAUCAAAAAGGGGAAUGCCCUCCAACUUGUUGUAACUUUCCUGUGGCUGUAGCACGAGAUUGUAUGUUUGUAUUCAGCGGACAGAGUGGGGCAAAAAUCACAAAUUCCUUGUUCCAGUUCAGAUUUAAGGAGAAAACAUGGACGAGAAUAUCUACUGAACAUAUUUUGAGAGGAGCCCCCCCACCUCCAGCCAGACGUUAUGGACAUUCAAUGGUAGCUUUCGACAGACAUUUAUAUGUGUUUGGAGGAGCAGCGGAUGCGACACUUUCCAAUGAUCUACAUUGCUUUGAUUUAGACUCUCAAACUUGGUCAGUAAUUCUACCAGAUGUGGAAUCAUUCGUACCAUCAGGUCGGUUGUUCCAUGCAGCUGCCGUUGUUGGAGAUGCAAUGUUUAUUUUCGGUGGGACGGUAGAUAACAAUGUUCGUAGCGGCGAAAUGUACAGGUUUCAGUUUUCAAGUUAUCCAAAAUGUACAUUACAUGAUGAUUAUGGAAAACUGCUAGAGUCACGAUUGUUUUGUGAUGUACAGUUCUUGGUUGGUCCUGAGGAAGAAAAAAUUUUAGGGCAUUUGGCGUUAGUAGCUGCUAGGUCUGCAUAUUUAAGGAAUAAAAUUCGACAAGCGAAAGAAAAUCGUGAUAAACAUUUGGAAAGAUUAUUUGGAACAUCGAAAGUUCCCUUCAGCGAUAUCCCACUCCUCGAAGUCAAGCUACCUGAUGCUGAUCCAGAAGCAUUCGAGAUGGUCUUGAAUUACAUCUACAUGGACUGUAUAGAUCCAACUAAGAAAGCGAAGGAUGGGGAGGAUCCAUUUUCAAACCGAAUAGUUCUCAGAAUGAUGGACGUUUAUCGCCUAGCUGUACAGUUCAAUAUGGCUCGUCUGGAACACCUUUGCGUACAGUAUCUAAACGCCACGAUUUGCUUGAAAAAUGUACUUGUAGCUUUACAUAACGCUGACCACCUCCAAUUAGAUUUUAUAAAGGAACACUGCUUGAGAUUUAUCGUUAAGGAAAGUAAUUACAAUCAGAUUGUGAUGAGUUCCGAGUUCGAGAUAUUGGAAAGAAGUUUAAUGGUGGAGAUAAUAAGAAGGAAACAGAUGCCGCAGUAUAAGGCCAACAGUGAAACUCACUUCGACGCUGCUGGAUGUUCACUCGAGCAAGACAUGGCGAUGUUUCUUCGAGUUACAGGAAAAGAAUUUUGCGACAUCGACCUAAAUUUGGAUGGAACUCUAAUUCCUGCCCACAAAACAAUUUUAGCAGCGAGAUGUGGGUACUUCGAAGCUAUGUUUAGGUCAUUUAUGCCUGCUGACAGCAAAGUUAAUAUCCAAAUAGGAGAAAUGAUACCCUCCAAAGAAUCUUUCGACUCUCUCCUUCGUUACAUCUAUUAUGGAGACGUCAACAUGCCUCCAGAGGAUUCUCUGUACCUGUUCUCCGCUCCGUUUUUCUACGGCUUCUCGAACAACCGUCUACAAGCUUUUUGCAAACAAAACUUAGAGAUGAACGUCACUUUUGAAAAUGUUAUUCAGAUACUGGAAGCAGCGGACAAGAUGCAGGCUACCGACAUGAAAAAAUACGCCCUGGACCUAAUCGUUCACCAUUUCACCAAAGUAGCCAAGCUGCCGAGGCUGAGGAUGCUGAGCAAAGAGCUGAUUUUGGAUAUCCUGGAAGUUCUAGCAGAAAGCCUGGAUAUAAACAUGAGAAAUGACGUGUCUAGUGGCGCUCUAAAUUCCGAUACUUGAUUUACAAAAUUAAGAAGGGAUCUAAGCUUGUCUCUGGGGAGAGUCUCCUUCAUUUUGUUUACUGUUAUAUCUGUGAUUAUCGACCUCAGUUUUAUAGAGAAGUUUUUUGUAGAUUGUGAAUGAUAACGAUGUAUUAUGCUUCCUUUCAAACGAGAUAAAUGGACCAAAUAGUUCAAAUAACGACUCGUAUAUACCUCCACUGUUAAGGCUAAACUCUGUGUAUCUUUAUAAUGAGAAUAAAU